GCCGCAGAGGUGUGGGUGGGCUGGGCCGAGGGCAGCUGGGUGUGGCGUGAGUGGGACCGCCCAGUCGGGGCAACUGCUGUGCAGCCAGAUAGGGUCUGGACUUUGCGUAAAGGGACGGGUGGGAACUGAAGAGCGGAGGUGGGGACCGGGAGGGAGGGAAGGUAUGAGGGUGAGCAAAGGGGCGGGGCCCUGGCUGCUGUGGCCUCCCCUGACCCCCUCCCCCCGCUGCUGGGGUCCUCGGCCAAGCCCCCUUCUCACUGGACUGUCUGUCGGUCGGGGUCUGUGCCCACAGAGACAUGAGGCUGAGCUGGGUCGAGGUCCUGACAGUACUGUCCAUCUGCCUGAGCGCCGUGGCCACAGCCACAGGGGCCGAGGGCAAAAGGAAGCUGCAGAUCGGGGUCAAGAAACGGGUGGACCAUUGUCCCAUCAAAUCUCGUAAAGGGGAUGUCCUGCACAUGCACUAUACGGGGAAGCUGGAAGAUGGGACGGAGUUUGACAGCAGCCUGCCCCAGAACCAGCCCUUUGUAUUCUCCCUUGGCACAGGCCAGGUCAUCAAGGGCUGGGACCAGGGGCUGCUGGGGAUGUGUGAGGGGGAAAAGCGCAAGCUGGUGAUCCCAUCCGAGCUGGGGUAUGGAGAGCGGGGAGCUCCCCCAAAGAUUCCAGGUGGUGCAACCCUGGUGUUUGAGGUGGAGCUGCUCAAAAUCGAGCGACGAUCGGAGCUGUAGCCAGACUGGGGAGGGGCAGGGGGAGAGGCCCCCAUCCAGGGACCAGAUUGUUCUAAAAAAAAAAAAAAAAAAAAAAAAAA